CCCCGGAUUUACUCAUCUCGCCGCGCCUGCCCCGGACCCGCCGGCUGCGGCCGCCAUGAAGCGACCUUGCGAGGAAACUACCUCAGACAGCGACAUGGACGAGACCAUAGACGUGGGCAGCGAGAAUAACUACUCGGGGCAGAGCAGCAGCUCCGUGGGCCGCUCCAGCUCCCCGACGACAACCUCGCAGAUUAUGGCCAGGAAGAAAAGGAGAGGGAUUAUAGAGAAAAGGCGCCGUGAUCGUAUAAAUAACAGUUUAUCUGAGCUGAGGCGGCUUGUGCCAACUGCUUUUGAAAAACAAGGAUCUGCCAAAUUAGAAAAAGCGGAAAUAUUGCAAAUGACGGUGGAUCAUCUGAAGAUGCUUCAGGCGACUGGAGGUAAAGGUUAUUUCGACGUUCAUUCGCUGGCCAUGGACUUCAUGAGYAUCGGCUUCCGGGAGUGCUUGACUGAAGUGGCCAGGUACCUGACCUCGGUGGAGGGCCUGGACACGUCGGACCCGCUGCGCGUGAGGCUGGUGUCCCACCUGAGCACCUGCGCCUCGCAGCGGGAGGCCGCCGCCAUGACCUCCUCCAUGGCGCACCACCACCACCACCACCACCACCACGCACUGCACCCGCACCACUGGGCGGCCGCCUUCCACCACCUGCCGGCGGCGCUGCUGCAGCAGGGCGCGCUGCACGCCUCCGAGGCGGCCCCGUGCAGACUCUCCUCCGACAUGCCGCCACACGGCUCGGCCCUGCUCACGGCCACCUUCGCCCACGCCGACGCCGCACUGCGGGUGCCCGCCGCUGGCGCCGUCGCUCCCUGCGUCCCGCCUCUCUCUACCUCUCUCCUGUCCCUCUCRGCGACCGUGCACGCGGCCGCCGCCGCCGCCACAGCGGCCGCCCAGACCUUCCCGCUGUCCUUCACAGGAGCCUUCCCCAUGCUGCCCCCCAGCGCCGCUGCCGCCGCCGUGGCGGCCGCCACCGCCAUCACCCCGCCGCUCGCCGUGGCCGCCACGUCCAGCCCGCCGCAGACGAGCAGCGGAGGCACUAGCAAACCUUACCGGCCCUGGGGAACUGAGGUCGGGGCUUUCUAA